AUGACAGCCUUGUUUUCAGUUUUUCAAUUCGCUCUCCUCGUUGGAGUCCAUGCCUGGGAUUACGGAGUACCCUACUAUCCGGCGCCGUAUUACCAAGCGCAGCCUCAGUUCGAGUUUUCCCAGUGCCCGCCCACGGGUCCCGAGAGUGUGGUGUGUGCCGUUGCCCCCGGAUCAGAGCCCUCGACCUUUCCCAGCCCCUGCGAGGUUACCCGCUUCAAGUAUCUCACCGGAAAUGAUUGGAUCAUCAUUCAUUCCAAUCGAUGUGAGAACCUAGAACUCUGUCCGGACAAUUGCCAGGAAUACGGAAGCCCCGUCUGCGGAAGAUUGGGAAAUGUGAGAAGAACCUUCAAGAGUCGUUGUGAGCUGCAGCUGGUCAAGUGCCGAACCGAUCUGGCUUUUGAACUGCACCAUGAGGGUCCCUGUGAUAGCAGAUAUCCGGCUAGUCGAUCAUCCCAGGCUCGUUCUUAUAACUAUAAUCCCUAUGUGAUGCACCAUCAGCCCAGCUAUAACCCCUAUGGACCACCAAGGUCUGCACGUCCUUAUAAUCCCUAUGGCCACUACCAACGUCAGCCCUUGAGCAGUCCUCAGCAUCGUAACCAGGGUCCUGUUUAUCUGCCCUACGAGUUAACCUGGGAUAAUCUUCCCACAGAGUUUACAGUCUCAUAUACCACGCCAGCAACUACCUACAAGACUAGUCCACAAACUUAUUAUAAAACAACCACAACCCCUAAAACUACGACUCCGGAGGUAACGACUACGACUACGGAGAGUCCUACAACUACUUCCACGUCUACAACUACAACAACUUCUACAACAUCUACAAGUUCCACAACUUCAAGGCCCAAUCCCCGAGAAAACAUCAAGAUUAAUGCAGUUAUAGAAACGACAACUACUACCGAGGGUCCCAAGGAAACCACUGAGACUACCACUACAUAUCUGAAAAAGUAUUAUACAACUGCUUCUCAUGAACAUGCCACCACCACAGAAGAUUCAAAGAAAUCCACCACUGAAGAACCUAAUGAAGAGAUAGCCCCUGAGAAGAAAAAUAUUGCUGGAUUAAUUCAAGUUAAUGCAGUUCAAGAGACAACUUCUACAGAAUCCUCCACGGAUUCUUCCACAGAAUCCUCCACGGAUUCUUCCACAGAAUCCUCCACGGAUUCUUCCACAGAAUCUUCUACGGAAAAAGUAACUUCCACAGAGUAUACUAAAGCUUAUAAAACUCCAUCGUACCGCUCUUCCAAGUCUUAUCAGACCAAUGCGGCUUAUGAGACACCAAGUUAUGGUAGUUAUCAGACUCCUUCUUAUUCUCCUUAUGGAGACAAGUCAUAUGGAAACUAUGGAACUUCGAGUGUUUAUAAGGAUUAUUAUCCAACGACAAGUACUGAAGAGACUACGGAGGAGACAACAGAAGAGACUAAUGAAGAAACAACAGAAGGAACAACAGAAGGAACAACAGAAGAAACUACAGAAGAAACUACAGAAGGAACUACAAAAGCAAUUACACCUGCAGCGGAAGAACCCCUUAAUAAUAUAAUUAAAAUUAAUGCCGUUCAGGAAGAGGAGAGUUUGGAAGUCACCACAGAAACAACCACAGAAGUAAUCUACACAAAGAAACCCACAUCCUCUCCCACGUAUGAGACCUACAAGGAACCCCCAAAACCAAGCUACGAAACCAAGGAUUACAAUCCCACUUAUCCUUCCAACGAAUCGUAUAAGGAACCCGUAAAACCAACCUAUGAAUCCCAAAAGUAUAAUCAGACCUAUCCCACCAACGAAACCCAUAAGACUUACGAAUCCACAAUCAUCACCAAAAACGGAACUGUUCUAAACUUCCACUACGGAACCCUCUAUCUAAAUCUGGGAACCUCCGAAAGAAUCAAGUCCCUGCUCUUCUUGGACUUCGACAAGGAGGAAAAUCAAAGCCCACAAAGCUACGGUCCAGCCCCGAAGAACUGA